UUUAUUUAACCACUUCCAUUUCUUAUCGAAGUCAACAAGGGGAAAAGAAAAAUAAACAUCAGCUCCUGCAGAUUCAUGGCGAAGCUUAAGGCAAAUCUACUGCUCAAUGCAUUCAUUGCUCUUUUCUUGAUAUCAACAGCCACCGCCGCUGGCGAAUCCCCCUUCAUCAUCGCUCACAAGAAGGCAUCGCUCACCAGACUCAAAUCCGGCGCCGAACGCGUGUCCGUCUCCAUCGACAUCUACAAUCAAGGCUUCUCGACAGCAUAUGAUGUGAGUCUCGUGGAUCAUAGCUGGCCCCAAGAUGCAUUUGAUGUCAUCAGUGGUAAUAUUUCACAGUCAUGGGAGAAACUUGAUGCUGGUGGUGUUCUGUCACUUUCAUUUGAAUUAGAGGCCAAAAGACAAGGAAUGUUCUAUGGUGCCCCUGCAGUUAUCACUUUCCGUAUUCCCACAAAGGCUGCUCCACAGGAGGCAUAUUCAACUUCACUCUUGCCAUUAGAUAUCCUCGCCGAAAUACCUCCCGAGAAGAAGUUUGACUGGGCCAAGAGAUUGCUGGCUAAGUAUGGAUCUCAAAUCUCUGUGAUAUCGAUUGUAGCUCUUUUCGUCUACCUGUUGGUUACCCCAUCAAAAUCCAGUGGUGUAAAAGCAAGCAAGAAGAAGCGCUAAGGAUUUGUAGCUGAGCUCUGUUUGCAGUUCAAAAGGUUUUUUUAAUUGCUUUUGUUGUUUUAGAACAUGUUUGUUUGCGGAAUUUUAUAAUUAGAUGGAUAUUAAAUGAGUUUAGUGCAAGAUGAAUCAACUAAUUCUUACUUCUGAAGCUUAGACUUGAUUGAAACAGGUAAUGCUAGAUCUGUAAUCCGGUGUCGGUUUUAAAAUUUAGAACUUUUUACAUUUAACCUUUUCAGUG